GGGAGACGAGUCGAUUCGGCCGGACUCGUUGGGCCGUCUGGAGACGAUGUGAGCUGGCCUGGGUCGCUGGCAUGGCCGGAUUCGGAGCCGGAGCCAAAUCCCGAUCCGGAUCCGGAUCCGGAUCCGGACUCUGAAGAGGAAAUGGAUGCUGGGCCGAAAGAGACAGAGGCCGUCUGCCUGGAUCGGCUGGCACCAGAUCUGGUGGGGCUGGCGGGCCAGUUGAGCAAGGCUAGCAUAGACCUCGAGGCCUGGUACCGGCGACAGGGGGUCAAUGAGCGCCAUCUGAUACCAAUGCCAUGGCAACGGUGGGCGGCCUACUUGCGAGCGAAUAAGGAAGAGGUGAGACGGAGCGUAGAUAAAAAGGUGAGCAGCCGACAGGAGGGCGUCGGAACCGAGUCUUCACCCGCCGAAGAGACGUUGACAAAAAAAGGCCUCUCACAGUUGGAUCAGACGAUCCGACGUGAUCACCAGUUUGGGGGACUCACAAGCUCCGUCGAUUCUACCAACAAGCAGUCUAGCCUCAAGGGAUUGCCAUGGCGACAACUUGAGUUCUUCAGUCAGGCCGAGGCAGAGCUCUUUCUGGUUCAGCGGUUUUAUACCGCCAGUCGGGCAAACACAAUCGGCAGGACUGUGCUGCGGGAACUUCUGCGAACGGUGAGUACAGAAGGUCGAAUCAGACUCAGGCGAGAGUGUGAUUUCGUUGUCAUUUAUUUAAAGUGUAAUACAAGCUAA